CAAUUCCAGAAAAGGUUUGCAGGGCAGGUCUGGGAGAACAAAGGGCGGGGGGAGGACCCGGCAUGUUUGUGGACUUGUUUGUGACUCAGUCCUUUUACACGGCGUUUCAAAGGCAGACCUGCAAGCCUUGCCAGGAAGAGAAAGAACUUGGGGGCGGGGGAGGCUCGGGCGCAGUAUUUCUGUCCAGCCCCGCUCGCUCGGCGCUGCCCCUCGGCUCCAGGCUCGCGCAGUGGUGUUUCAUUAGAGCCCUGGACACGGGCCACUCACCAGGAACUUCCCCGCACGGAGCGAGAUUUACGACCCCCCUCCCCCGGCGCUCGGCCUCUCAAUGUCAGGCAGGAGCGCCGCAACAUAAAAUGGAGCCCGGCCGGCGCGGCGGCGGCAGCCAGGCGGCGGGCUCCCGGGCGGCGGGGCCGCUGUUCCCGAGGCUCCGCGCUGCGCCCGGGCGCACACGCGCGCCCUGACCGCGGACGGCUCCCGGCCGCCCCGAGCCGCCCCUCGCGCUGCCCUCGCGCAACUGACAGGCAAGACGGGCUGCCGGAUAUUGGCUCCGCGACACGCCGAGGCUCCUCCCCAGUCUGGAUCUUUAUAUUUUGGGAGAAUUUCUUUGAACUCAGUUACCCGGCUCCGCGAGGGAGACAAGUUCCCACAGCCGGCUCGCCGGCGGAGGCGAGGCGAGGGCUCGCCCACCUUCUCUGCAGCUGCCGCGCGCCCUGAUUGUAUUCCUCGUCUCCAUCGUGGAGGAAAAUGGACUGACUUGGCUGGGGAAAAUGCUAGUUAUCUGGAUGUGACCGUGAAAAGAGACCGUGUGACUGGAGGAGGCAGAAGAGGAUGAGGAAAAGCAUUAUUUGAAGAGAAGACUAAACCAGCCACUCCAACCCUUUCUGCAGAUUGGUGCUAUUACUUCUGGGGUCCAUUUGCUUUUAUUCUCCCCCCACCCCAAAUGAAGAAACCUUGACUUGAGGGCCAAGAGACAGCUCCCUACAACCGUAGGCACGCUUCUGGGUUGGAAGACCUUUUGGAUGUAGCGUUGGUGGAACAUUUAGACACUCUCCUCCGCAAAAGACACCAUGAAUUCCGUAGCUGGGAAUAAAGAGAGGCUGGCGGUCUCCACCAGGGGCAAGAAAUACGGGGUGAAUGAAGUCUGCUCGCCCACCAAGCCGGCGGCGCCCUUCUCCCCCGAAAGCUGGUACCGGAAAGCGUACGAGGAGUCGCGCGCUGGGAGCCGGCCCACCCCCGAGGGCGCGGGCUCGGCGCUCGGCUCGUCGGGGACCCCGUCCCCCGGCUCGGGCACCUCGUCCCCCAGCUCCUUCACGGGCUCCCCGGGCCCCGCCUCCCCGGGCAUUGGCACCAGCUCGCCGGGCUCCCUGGGCGGCUCGCCGGGCUUCGGCACGGGCUCCCCGGGCUCGGGCAGCGGCGGCGGCUCCUCCCCCGGCUCGGACCGCGGCGUCUGGUGCGAAAACUGCAACGCCCGCCUGGUGGAGCUGAAGAGGCAGGCUCUGAAGCUGCUCCUCCCGGGGCCCUUCCCCGCUCUCCACUCUUUCAAGUUCUCUGUCUGCGCUCCCUGCGCCCGCCCGCCCAUCCUGCGGGCCCUGCGCGGUGAUGCCUUCCCCUGA